AUGAAAAUUCAGCUACUCCUCGUUGGUGUCCUUUGCUGGAUCGCAAGCGUUACAGCUAAGUGCAAGCUUCGCCCUUUUGGAUGCUAUGUCUGGGAUUGGGAAGAAGCAGCAAAUACCGGCGCUGAAAAACACGCAUUUCUCACGAAGGAUUGGCACGACAAAAAUUGUAAAGAGCCACCAGCGUGUACAAAAGCAUGUUCUCUCAACAAAAAGACAUUCGACAAAAGUGAUCUUGAGGGAAAGGGAAUUCAAGUCGCUUGCAAAAUUUCCGACUUGUUUUGUGAUGACGCGAAAGCAAAGAAGGACAAUUGCAUCGCAUCACGUGAAGUCGAGAUAAGCUUCCCUCCACCUCCCGCUUCCAAUCCAAAUGCUACCACUCGUCGUCGUGAAGAGGAAUCACAGGGCUUUGAAGAUCUGUUCAACAUUCGUGUUCGACGCAAUGAGAUGCCGACAACUUUGCAACCAAAAGCUUCCCAAAAAAUCAAGGCUAUCGUUCUGCCUGUUUGUCUUAUCGGUGACGCCUUGGACUGCAAGAAGUAUUCUGGUAGCGCUGGUGCAAUCUGCAAGUCCGAUCAACUCAACGAUGGCGCUCUAAAUUUCAAGGACCAAAAAUUCUGCACCGUGCUCGAAUCUGCAUUGGGCGGCGAAUAUCCAGAGAGUGUUAUACAUGACACUGUCCAAUACGCGAAGGUGUCAAACAUCUGGAAGAGCACCGGCUUACCAUAUGCGUUGGUUACCUCAGACAAGGCUAACUUUUUGCCCGGAGAAAGCAAGGACGGAAAGGCAUGCUCGACUUAUGCAGCAAGAGAUUGUCGCCCAAGGCCACUUUGCGAAGGAGACAGUCAGAAAGUGAUGUGGAAGGGCAACAAAUACUCGCUUGAGAAAUUUGGUCCGACAGAAUGUGAAACAGCUUGCACGAAUGCCAAUCAAGAUCUUUGGCUGGAGGCUACCGGUGAAGAGACAAGUUUGAAGUGCCGUGUGCUGGACAUUGAGGGAUUUCCGUUGCACCGAAGAGGACGAAAGCCCAUGGCUAAGUUCAUGGAUGCCAAGGAUAAUCUCAACAGGACCAAGUUGUUUCAAAAAGCAGCCGCAAGUCGGGGCAUUACUGAUGGGGACAUUACUGCUUCUUACCCUCUUCCCAUCGAUUACUCAUCCAUUAAGGAUGAAGCUAUGAAGAAGCAAGUGGAGGCAAACCUUUGGCUCAACAAGAAAACAAAUCCCUUCGCGAAGAAAUAUGGCAGCCACAUCAAAACACUCGAUGUUCCCGAUUGUGGAGAAGACGACCCGGACACUAAGAUAUGCAACAAGAAAGAAGGGCAAGAAAAGAGGGACAACAAAGAUUUGGCCAUCGCCCUCCUGUCUAUUGCAUUAUCAAGAAGAAGAAGGCCAAGAAGGCGGCAGCCGCUGGAACGGGAGGAGCAACAGCUGGUGGAGAAGCUGAAGACUGAGAAGGGAAAUGGGCAAUGGAUGUGCCGCAAACGGGACAAACGGGCGUCUAAA